AUGGUUCAGUGGUAUACAGAUCCCAAGCUCCAGUCGCAUCACGACCAUGCGUUCGGGACCAGGAAGCCAGGGACUCGCACCCUUCCCCCCGGCCAUGACGAGGCUAGCUUUCAGCGUGCCCUAGGCGAGUUUAGAGCCAUUGUUGGUGAGGAGAACGUGGUGGCCGAUGAAGGUCUGGUAAAUUUCCGGGACCCGUAUCCCUUGUUUGAGGAAGGAUUCGAAGCAUCUGCCGGACUGUGUCCAGAGUCUGUUGAAGAGAUCCAGGCGAUUCUCAAAGUGGCCAACCAGCACCAAGUUCCGCUUUGGGUCUGUUCGCAGGGAAAGAAUUUCGGAUACGGUGGUCCCGCGCCUCGAGUUGCUGGCUCGGUGGUACUCUCUCUUCAGCGGAUGAAGCACAUCCUGGAAGUCAACGAGAAGCUUGCCUACAUCGUGGUUGAGCCAGGAGUAACCUUCUUCGAUGUUUGCGAUCAUCUAAUUGAGAAUAACCUCGAUCUCUGGAUGUCCGUCCCGGCUCUUGGUUGGGGAAGUGUUCUGGGCAAUACUUUGGAUCGCGGCCACGGUUACACAAUCUCCGGAGAUCGCCAGCACUUUAUCGGCAGCUUAGAAGUGGUGCUUCCGUCAGGAGACAUCCUCCGGACGGGCCAGUGGGCUGUGCCUAAUUCUCCCAGCGCCCACGCCUGCUCCAACAGCUUUGGCCCGCAAGUCGAUGGCCUCUUCUUGCAGAGCAACUUGGGCAUUGUUACAAAGAUGGCAGUGGCCCUUGAUGCGGCUCCAGCGUCAUUUAUGGACGUCAAGAUCCACUGUCCCGAAAUCGACGACCUCGCGCCACUCAUCGACAUGCUUCAGCAACUAGACCGGGAAGGCAUCACGCAGAGCCAUGGUAUGAUUACUAACAUCAAUCACUUCGCUUCCCAUGAUGCGCUCAAGCAUGAGCAGCAGAGCGUUCCAGGGCCGCUGACUCCCGAGAGUAUCGCUGCUUUAAAGCAAAAGUACAACACGGGAUAUUGGCGUUGCGUGCUGGCCCUAUAUGGACCAAAACAGCUGGUGCUCGCCCGUUGGGCUAGGAUAAAGGAGGUCGUUCGACCGACGCUUCCCAACGCAUGGGUGGAGAACACGCUCUACGAAGGGGAAGACGGUAAGCCUGUGGAUAACCGCAAGAUCGGAACGUUGGCUGCGGGUGUUCCGUCAAUGCUCGCCGUCAAGCUGGCAGAUUACAAUCUCCCCGCCGACGGAAGUGGAGCGGGUGCACACAUCGACACAACUCUCAUCCUACCGUGUGAGGGACAGACGGUUUUGACCUGGUUCAGGAAGGCGAAGGCCAUCAUGGAGGAGCAAGAGGUCGAUCCGUUCGUUGGCUGUCACGUUUUCUCAAAAUAUAUCCUCUUCGUCCAAGAAUAUGUCUUUGAUAAGACCAACCCCAAGCAGCGCGAAGGUGGUCGCAAGAUAGUCAAGGCAUUGCUCGCCGAGGCUGAGAAAAAUGGCUUUGCCAAUUACCGAUCUCAUGUACAGCACAUGGAUGACGUCCAGAACCUGUAUGGGUUCAACGGCCAUAUUUAUAGAAGAUUCGUCGAGACUCUCAAGGCUGCUUUAGAUCCAAAUGGUAUCAUAUCCCCCGGAAAGCAGGGCAUCUGGCCGCCUAAGACCCUAGUUCAACUUCCUCCGCGUAAGCUCUAG